CUGCUCAAUAAGGCCAUUUAAAGCUUCACGCAUCUUCUUAGCUCUAGCUCACGUGACUGGACCUCCUUGGGUGUGUAAUGGAUCACAUGACGUAGUAGAUAUGCUAUCGUCUUGAUUCCCAUCAAUACCAAACACAGAAUGGAAGUCCAAAUUUGCAUAAUCACAAUCUUGAUGACAAUGAUGAAGAUGCAUUCAACAAUGAUGCCCAGAACUCAAAUUUCAGCAUGGACAGAUUUAUGAGAGGUAGAGGGGGUCAAAGAUAUAGCUUUAACAAAGGAGACCAAAAUCUGGCAAGGUGGGGAGAUUGGCAAGAUCAUGACUUAGGUAGAAUCAAGAUGAAGAUUCCCUCGUCUCAAGGCAAGAAUGAUCCAGAUGUGUAUUUGGAGUGGGAAAAGAAGGUGGAAUUGGUGUUUGAUUGCCAUAACUGUUCUGAGGAGAAAAAGGUGAAACUAGCAGCGGUGGAAUUUACUGAUUAUGCUGUGUGGUGGGAUCAGCUUGUGCUUAGGCGACAUAGAAAUCGAGAGCAUCCUGUUGACACUUGGGAAGAGAUGAAAGCUGACCUUACUCAAGGGUCCAAAAGCGUUGAGGAUUAUCAUAAAGAGAUGGAAAUCGCAAUGGUUAGAGUGAAUGUUGUGGAAGAGGACAGAGAAGCAACUAUGGCACGGUUUCUGCAUGGCUUAAAUCCUGAUAUAGCUAAUGUGGUGGAGCUGCAGCAUUAUGUGGAAUUGGAAGAUAUGGUGCAUAUGGCGAUGAAAGUACAACGGGAACUCAAGCGUAAAGGAGCCACCACCAGAACUGGGCAAAAUUCAGGUUCCUCAUCUUCUUGGAAACUGAAUUGGAGCAAAAAGGAAGAAAAUUCUGUUUUUAAGCCUAAAACUGCAGCAUCUAAGGGGCAUGUUGCAUCACAAUGUCCUCAUAAGCACACGAUGAUCUUGAGAGAAGAUGGAGAAAUUGAAACCGAGGGUGAAUCUGAUGAUGAAUCUAUGCCACCAUUAGAAGAUGCUAAUGAUGGUGUGGAAUAUGCUGUUGAUGGAGAACUGCUCGUCACCAGGCAAGCUUUGAAUGUGCAAGCCAAAGAAGAUGAUGAAGUACAACGUGACAAUAUAUUUCACACGAGGUGCCAUGUCAAAAACAAGGAAUGUAGUGUGAUUAUUGAUGGUGGUAGUUGUACGAAUGUAGCUAGCACUGUUUUAGUUGAAAAGCUUAAUUUACCUAUGAUGAAGCAUCCAAGGCCAUAUAAGCUGCAAUGGUUAAACGAUUGUGGAGAAAUCAAGGUUUAUGAGGAUCAACUGAGAGUAAAAAAAGAGAGUGAGCUUGAGGGUAUGAAAAACAAAGAGAAAACAGCAGAAAAAGACUCCAAAAAAAGAGAAAAGAUUGAAAGUGUUGAAAACAAACAGAGAAAAUCAGUGAGUGUUUAUGCAAAAGAAAGUGAUGUCAAGGCUGCGUUCUUUGCAAAGCAGCCUAUGUUUGUGCUUCUGUAUAAAGAUGCUUAUUUUACUAACGAACUUAAUGAUUCUUUGCCUAGUGUUGUUAAAUCUCUUUUGCAGGACUUCAAGGAUGUGUUUCCAGAUGACGUUCCUAAUGGUUUACCACCAAUAAGAGGAAUCAAGCAUCCAAUUGACUUCAUUCCUGGUGCAACAAUUCCAAACCGACCAGCAUAUCGAAGCAAUCCCAAUGAGACGAAAGAACUUCAAAGGCAGAUCGAAGAACUCAUGAAAAAGUGACAUGUGAGAGAAAGCAUGAGUCCAUGUGCAGUUCCAGUGCUACUUGUGCCUAAGAAGGAUGGGACUUGGCAUAUGUGCGUUGAUUGUCGCACAGUCAACAAAAUCACUGUAAAGUA